UUAUUCAAAAUUAGCACUUAACAACGGAAAAACCAAUUAUAUGAAAAAGGCACUUAAGGGCUUUCUUAGAAUAUUGAUAAGAUAUCAACAUGUAUAAAAAACAUUUUGCGAAACAAUUAAACAUAUUGUACACUUAACAGUAUCAGAAGCAACACAAUGGAUAGACGUAUUAAGCUGUUUUAUUUGCUUUUCGUACUUUAUGCUGCAAAAGCUCAAACUGAUUAUUGCAAAUUAAGUUGUGGUAAUACUUUACAGACGGUGUGUGAAAGAAAAAAUGUGAGCUGCGGAGCUGCUACAGAUUGCAAAAAUUUCAAACAACUGGGAUUGAAUGAUGAAGAAAGACGAUACGUGUUAGACCUUCACAACAAAUACAGAAAUAAAGUGGCUCUAGGACAGGAAAAGACAGGACCUCAACCACAAGCGUCGAAUAUGAAAGCUCUGAGUUAUAGCAAGGAACUGGAAUAUAUAGCUCAAUGCCACACAAACUCAUGCAAGUAUGGCCACGACCUAUGUAGAAGAACUCCUGAAUGGGGACAUGUCGGACAAAACAUCGCAUUAAAAGGAAGAUACCAUGGAGAUAUUUUGCCUACACGAGAAUUUAUAGAUUGGGCGAUGAAUGGUUUUUAUUCCGAAGUUCGAGACUGGGAUCCAUCGUGGGUUUCUUCAUACGAUGACCAUGGAAAAGAGGUAGGCCAUUACACAAAUUUAGUGUGGGCUCGAACACGAUAUGUUGGCUGCGGGCUGACUUUCUACGUAGAUGAAAAAGGUUGGGAUAUCUAUUACCUAACUUGUAAUUAUGGAGAAGGGGGUAACAUUUACGGAUGGUCAGUGUACGAGGUAGGACCACCAGCUUCAAAGUGUGAUGGUUUGCCCAAAAAUUCGAAAUAUCCUGGACUUUGUGGACCUGACAAUCUUUAGUCAACUGUAUACAGCUAAUUGUUUUCAAAGUUAUGAGUUAUUAAAAUAAAACAAAUAUUAAUUUUUA